AUGGCUUACAACAACGAUACAACUACCUGCGCCAAUCAAGUCAUGUCCGACCCCUUCUGCAGCCUUCUACAGGCGCUAGAACUACACGUCGACGAUCUUGUACGCAAGCCCGAGUUCCAUGUAUUCAUGAAGCUCCCGCUUGAGCUCCGUUACCAGAUCUACGAGGAGUACUUUCUGGCCGAUACCAAAUCGGUAUCAUGCAGAUCUUGGCCACAUCUUACCAUCGACCAUGAUCAGCAGUUCCGCCUACACCACUUGAUGGAUUCGGCGCCCUUCCUGCCCAACCUGUGCCUGGUCAGCCGUGCCUUGAGGGCAGAAGUCACUUCUUUCCUCGUCAGGUCAACCACCUUCGACAUGGCCAAAUUACCCGCCAUGAAAACAUUCUUCAAGACCCUCGAUCGCCCGCGUUCACGCCGCGACUUCGACUGGACGGCCUACGUGCGGAAAUUGGUGUUGCGCGACACCAACAGCUGUUCUUCUGUCUGUCUCGGUUUGGAUUUCGGAGGCGCUAGUCCUCAGGCACGCCUUGGUCAGGAAGACACAGCAUACGCUUGUCAAUCCCUUUCCCGCUUUUCGGGGGUCCGCGUGCUGGAACUCGGGUUUCACGCACCCAUGGUAAAUGCUUCCGGCGACUUGUGGACACUCGACUUGCAGGCGACCGCAAUCGACCCCUUUCUGCACGGGGUCGACCUUCUCCAGAUCAAGGCGUUGCCGCAGUUACAGCUCAUAAAGCUGACUGGUUCGUCUGGGUCCCAGAGCGCAUUGGACUCUGAAACAAUUCUCAGAGACGAUAAGAUGGAGCAUCUGGAGGGAGUGGUGAAGCUUGGUCAGCAGAUCAAGGAUAUGUUCGAUGGAGAGGGUCGCCAGGUGGAUGUGCGGGUUCGACUACUCUGGUCCGAUCAGUGCGAUGAAAGGAUUCUUUGA